GUGGCUGGGGGGCCCUCCUUGGGCCCCCAACCGGGGGGCACGGGCUUGCCUCACUUUCCUGGGCCUGCCUGGAAGCGGCUGGGACUACCCCCAAGAGCAGGAUGGCCAUCUGGGCAGCCACUGAUCACAAUGUGGACAACACAACAGAAAUCCUCAGGGAGUGGCUGAAGAAUGUACAGAGGCUCUAUCACUACGUGGAAUGGAGGCCCAUGGACGAGCCUGAGUCUUAUCCUGAUGAAAUUGGUCCAAAGCACUGGCCGGCCUCCCGGUUUGCCCACGUGAUGAAGCUACGGCAGGCAGCCCUUCGAACUGCGAGGGAAAAAUGGUCAGACUACAUUCUGUUCAUAGAUGUUGACAACUUCCUGACUAAUCCACAGACCCUCAAUCUACUGAUUGCCGAAAACAAAACCAUCGUGGCCCCCAUGCUGGAGUCCCGGGGCCUGUACUCCAAUUUCUGGUGCGGAAUCACACCUCAGGGCUUCUAUAAACGGACCCCGGACUACCUUCAGAUCAGAGAAUGGAAGAGGAUGGGCUGCUUUCCCGUCCCCAUGGUCCACUCCACACUCCUGAUUGACCUCAGGAAGGAAGCCUCUGACAAGCUCAUGUUCUAUCCCCCGCACCAGGACUACACCUGGACCUUCGAUGACAUCAUCGUCUUCGCCUUCUCCAGCAGGCAAGCAGGCAUCCAGAUGUACCUCUGCAACAGAGAGCACUACGGCUACCUGCCCAUCCCCCUGAAGCCCCAUCAGACCCUGCAGGACGACGUCGAAACCCUCAUCCAUGUGCAGAUAGAAGCAAUGAUUGACCGUCCUCCAAUGGAACCCUCCCAGUUUGUCUCAGUUGUCCCUAAAUACCCAGACAAGAUGGGAUUUGAUGAGAUUUUCAUGAUAAAUCUCAAACGCAGGAAGGACCGGCGGGACCGGAUGCUACGCACCCUGUAUGAGCAGGAGAUUGAGGUCAAGAUUGUGGAGGCUGUGGAUGGAAAGGCACUCAACACCAGCCAGCUGAAGGCCCUGAACAUUGACAUGCUGCCUGGGUAUCGAGACCCCUACUCCUCCAGGCCUCUGACCAGGGGUGAAAUCGGCUGCUUCCUUAGCCACUACUCUGUCUGGAAAGAGGUAAUUGACCGAGAGCUGGAGAAGACUCUUGUUAUUGAGGAUGAUGUGCGUUUUGAACAUCAGUUUAAGAAGAAGCUGAUGAAACUGAUGGAUGACAUUGACCAGGCUCAGCUGGAUUGGGAACUGAUUUAUAUUGGUAGGAAGAGGAUGCAAGUAAAAGAGCCGGAGAAGGCGGUGCCCAACGUGGUCAACCUGGUUGAAGCCGACUACUCCUACUGGACGCUGGGCUACGCCCUCUCUCUGGAAGGAGCACAGAAGCUGGUUGGAGCUGAUCCUUUUGGGAAGAUGCUGCCAGUGGACGAGUUCCUGCCAAUCAUGUACAACAAGCAUCCUGUAGCUGAGUACAAGGAGCAUUACAAAUCCAGGGACUUGAAAGCCUUCUCCGCAGAACCCUUGCUCAUCUACCCCACACACUACACAGGCCAGCCGGGGUACCUGAGUGACACGGAGACCUCGACCAUCUGGGACAAUGAGACAGUGGCCACUGACUGGGACAGGACACAUUCCUGGAAGUCCCAGAAGCAAGGCCACAUCCACCACAAUGCCAAGAACACAGAGGCCCUGCCACCGCCAACCUCCCUGGACACCGCGCCUUCGAGGGACGAGCUAUGAAGGCUCCACCCGGACGGCAUUCACCACCCUUUGGUUUCUCUGACGGGCUGUCCAUCUGUUUGCCCC